AUGGAGGAAAACAAUGCAAUCUGCAGAGGGGAUUGCGUUGAAUCCCUUCUACUCCAAACCCGAGCGGAGAACGAGGUUCUCACAGCGAAGUUGGGGACAGACGCGUUUAGGAGCUCGUUCUCAGAUCUCCGCCCCGGCCCCCACCGUGGCAGCGGUGGAUCUAGGCGGCUGAGGACGGCCUACACCAACACGCAGCUCUUGGAGCUGGAGAAAGAAUUCCACUUCAACAAGUACCUCUGCAGACCGCGCCGGGUCGAGAUCGCAGCGCUGCUGGAUCUGACCGAGAGGCAAGUGAAGGUCUGGUUCCAGAACCGCAGGAUGAAGCACAAGAGGCAGACCCAGUGCAAGGAGAACCAGAACGGCGAGGGGAAAUUUAAGGGUUUGGAAGACCCCGAGAAGGCGGCGGAGGACGACGAGGAGGAGAAAGCCCUCUUCGAGCAAGCCCUCGGCACCGUCUCGGGAGCGCUGCUGGAGCGGGAGGGGUACGCGUUUCAGCAGAAUGCGCUCUCGCAGCAGCAGGCGCAGAAUGCGCACAAUGGCGAAUCCCAAAGUUUCCCCGUUUCGCCUUUAACGAGCAAUGAGAAAAAUCUGAAACAUUUUCAACACCAGUCACCCACUGUUCAAAACUGCCUCUCAACAAUGGCCCAGAACUGCGCAGCUGGCCUCAACAAUGACAGUCCUGAGGCCCUCGAGGUCCCCUCUUUACAGGACUUCAACGUUUUCUCCACAGAUUCCUGCCUCCAGCUUUCAGACGCGGUUUCCCCCAGUUUGCCGGGCUCUCUGGACAGCCCCGUAGAUAUCUCCGCUGACAGCUUUGACUUUUUUACAGACACGCUCACCACGAUUGACUUGCAGCAUCUGAAUUACUGAGAAAUUAAAGACGUCCUCUCCCAGGGUCCUGCCUUCUCCUCCUCAUUCCUCCCCUUUAUUAUUAUUUUUUCCCAGUGAAUUAAUUUUAUUUCCUCCCCCUCCCCUUCCCCCCCCGGUCGGUACGUUCUGUUUGUCCCCUCCCUUCGCCGUGCCAUUUUACCGAUUCUGACCAAGUUUUAGUUGUCUUCAGUUUUAACCUAGCCACGUUCUAGGUCCUUCGACGAAAGCAAUAUAUGAGGUCUGUAAGAAAGUGAUCAUAUAGGGAUCGAAUCGUCACUUUCUUUUUAUUUUUGUAUUACAUUAGGAUGCGUUGUCAUAAGUAUUUUUGGUAGAAUAAAUUCUUGUUUGCUACAAG